CGCCCCUUCCUGCCGGCCGGCUCUCGGGUGGUGCCUGCGGCGCCGCCGCUGCCCUGGGCUGGGGGCCGCGGCGGGUCCCUCCCACGGUGCCGCCCAGGCGCCUCCCUCGCCGCCUCUGUCCCCGCCCUCCUUCCCCGGGCCGCCGCGGUGAGUCACGACGGGAGGAGGCGGCCGCACGGCUCCGCUUCGCUCCGCUCUCGCCUCGCUGCCGCCCGCAGGAGCACCGGGGCCGGGCCGGCCCCGCCCGCAGGGCAGUUUCCCCAUCCUUUUUUUUUUUUUUUCCAAAUCUGACCAUUAAUCGGGACUGAACACACGGAUUAUCUGAUCUUCUGUGGUUUUUAGAAGCAGGAAAUCCAGGAGCUGGCAGGAGGGGAAUGAACCGUGAGGGCGUCCCCGGAAAGAGUCCGGAGGAGAUGUACAUUCAGCAGAAAGUGAGAGUCCUGCUCAUGCUGAGGAAGAUGGGAUCAAAUCUGACUGCUAGUGAAGAGGAGUUCUUGCGCACAUAUGCAGGUGUAGUGAAUAGCCAACUUAGCCAGCUUCCUCAACACUCAAUUGAUCAGGGUGCUGAGGAUGUUGUGAUGGCAUUUUCCAGAUCAGAGACAGAAGACAGAAGACAGUAACUACAGGAUACCUGAACAACACAGAACUGGAGAGGACAGUGAGAUUCCUGAAGAUAGAGGACGAUGGCUGAGCAUUAAUAAGUUCCUUUGCCCACCCUAAUUUUUCCAUGGUAGUCCUUCUCCUUUAUAAUUCUGUUUCCCUUUGCCCAACCCUCAGAAUGCAUCUCACAGCCAUCUAUUCCUAAAAGUUGUUGCUACUCAGCUGGGCUGUGUUAAUUAAGGACAAACCUAAAGGUGUAUUUUCGAUUGGCUCAAAGGGACAGACUGAUUGGCUAAAGGAAGACAAUUUUUUAAACUUGACCAAUGAAAACCUUUUCUCUUAUGUUUUAAAGUAAGUCUCUUGACAUCCUACUUCUAAAGAAGCUUUUCAUGCUGUGGUGCUUAUUUAGGUCAAACUUGUGAAUUUGAAGAGGGUUUGAUUUGGCUGCGUAGAACUGGAAGCAAGGUGUGAUUGGUUGACAAUGCAAAUGCUUUCUUCAGUUGGCUUGCAGGUGUUUUGCUGACAUCGACACUUUCAUUGCAGAAAGCUGAUGUUUUGGUGCAUUGGUUAUUACUUUAUCCUUACUUGGGGAAAAAAACAAAUGUGCUUUGCAAUAUUUAUUACAUCUAUACACGUAUACAUGCUUGCUUUUUUGUUGUUUUUUUGUUUGUUUGUUUGUUUUUGAUUGGCUUUGAAAUCACGUUUUUAAUUUCCUCUUGGCUGCAGUGUCUCUGAUGCCAUCAGUUUUUCCAUACUCAUCUGCUCUGUGGCCUCCAGCUCUUUUGGGAGCUUGUGUUGAAAGCAUGUUUAGUUCAGUAAGUCUACCUGUUUUAGCUGGAACAGAGAUCACCAGCCGUUCCGUGCUUCUGUGUGGGCUGUACUACGAACUCCUGGUCAACCUGGUCGUUCAGGUGGCUUCUCGCUGCUUCUGACAGAGGAGCUGUCAUUAUUUUGCAGGAAUUGUAAGAAUGAGAUCUAUGGCUGUGACAUGAAUUUGCCAAAUUUGUAUAGAGAAUAUGUGAACUUGUUUAAAAUAACUAUAGUUCCACUUUAACCCUUUAAUUGCUGCACAAGACUAGCUCAUACAAGGGGAAAAUAUUGAUCGUUAACUUAAAUCUGAGUUUCACCAGGCUUUAAUAAACUAAGUUCCUAGUCACUUGAAAAAAAAAUUAUGUAAUUUGGUUCCCUGAAACCGCUUGGUGAGUUGGAAAUUAUCUGGAUCCUAGGCUAAUACCAUUUCCUCUAGGCACUGGUCCCAAGAGGCAGCAGCACUGCGUUAACCUGUCCAAUAGCGAGCGUACAGGUGACAUUCAGGUUUACUCUGUUUGUAGUUCCAGGGCCUUCAAACAGAUGCAGUUAGAAACUCAGAAACCUACCAUGAAAUUCCUGAAUUGCACUGACUGUUCAGGAAUCUGCACAUAAAAUAUCAGAAGCCUAGAAUUUCUAGCACUGCUGCCUAAAACGUAGCACUUCAUUUUCUCCAGUGUGUGCAGGUGAUUUUUACAAUACUUCUAGAUUUUCCUGUGGUUGCACUGACUUUAAGAUGUUUCAAAGCCUAUUAAAGCAGAACUCCAUUCAUUUACCUGUUCUUGGCUCUUUUCAUGUGGUUGUUAAUUAUUUGGAGUAACGAUUACGGAAUCUGGCUGUGACAACAUGACCAUUUUUCAUGGCAAGAAGUUCUGACGACAGGAUGCCGUUACGGUCUCAAAGUGGGGAAAAAGCUUGAAAGAAACCACAGAAUGUGUGCAAAAGGAAGAAUGGACUUGUGAGCAUGAGGAGGGAGAUUAUCUUGAGCAAAUAAAUAUGAAAUGAGAACACGUACGUCUAUUUAUGAAAAAGUUCCUUUUGAUUCAUUUGCAGCUUUGUGAAGUUCAAUGUGAAAGUGUCAUUGCCCCUGUUGGUUGGGGCUGGAUAAAAAGCUACUUUAUUAAAAUAAACGAGGAACGAGCCCAAAUGAUUCUUUAAAUCUUGA